UCUCACUCAAACCCUAGAAACUCUCAUACCAGAACCCUAGCUCCUGCGCCACUAACGCCAAACUUAACGAAAUGGCAGCUGCCGCCGCCCGCCCUCUCGUCACCGUGCAAGCCCUGGAAAAUGACAUGGCCACUGACGGAGGUGCCGCCGCCAAUUCCUUGCCUCUUCCCGAUGUCAUGAAGGCCGCUAUCCGCCCUGACAUUGUCACUUUUGUGCACGGACAAAUCUCCAACAACGCCCGCCAGCCUUAUGCCGUUUCUAAGAAAGCUGGCCACCAAACCUCCGCGGAGUCGUGGGGGACAGGCCGUGCCGUUUCUCGUAUCCCCCGUGUGCCUGGAGGUGGUACCCACCGCGCAGGGCAGGGAGCCUUCGGAAACAUGUGCCGUGGUGGACGAAUGUUUGCGCCAACGAAGAUCUGGCGCCGCUGGCAUAGGGCAGUUAAUGUUACUCAAAAGCGCCAUGCUGUCGUCUCAGCGAUCGCUGCUUCUGCCGUUCCUUCUCUGGUGCUUGCUCGCGGACAUAAGAUUGAGGAAGUUCCUGAGUUGCCUCUUGUUGUGUCUGAUUCUGCCGAGGCUGUUGAGAAAACUAAUGCUGCCCUGAAAAUCCUCAAGCAAAUCGGAGCAUUCCCCGAUGCUGAGAAGGCUAAGGACAGCCAUGCUAUCCGUCCUGGUAAGGGGAAAAUGCGUAACCGUAGGUACAUUUCUAGGAAAGGACCUCUCGUUGUGUACGGCACUGAGGGGGCUAAGCUGACUAAGGCUUUCAGGAACAUCCCUGGAGUCGAAGUGGCCCAUGUUUCUCGCCUUAAUCUCCUCAAGCUCGCUCCAGGAGGUCAUCUUGGAAGGUUUAUUAUCUGGACCAAGUCUGCUUUUGAGAAGCUUGAUGAGAUUUAUGGGACUUUUGACAAGCCUUCUGAGAAGAAGAAGGGUUAUGUGUUGCCAAGGACUAAGAUGGUAAAUGCUGAUCUAGCAAGAAUUAUCAACUCUGACGAGGUGCAGUCCGUGGUGAAGCCGAUCAAGAAGGAGAUCAGGAGAGCUCCAUUGAAGAAGAACCCAUUAAAGAAUCUCAACGUGAUGUUGAAGCUCAACCCAUAUGCUAAGGCAGCCAAGAGGAUGGCUCUCUUGGCUGAGGCGCAGAGGGUGAAGGCUAAGCAGGAGAAGCUUGACAAGAAGAGGAAGCAGAUCACCAAGGAGGAGGCCUCGGCCAUCAAAUCUGCUAGCAAGACUUGGUACAAAACAAUGAUCUCAGAUAGUGACUACACAGAAUUUGAGAACUUCUCAAAGUGGUUGGGUGUAUCUCAGUAAUUGAAUCUUUAAUUUUGAUAACUGUUAGAACCUGCUAUAUUUUGAAUUUGUUGUGUUUACUGUUUUUGACUCUAAGCCUUUCAAGACAUGGAUAGGAUUAUAUGGGAUGGGAAUCACUGCAAUAACUUGCCUAGAUCAACUUUACUUUUUCCAUCCCAUGUUUUGGUGCCCAAGUUUCUGUUUAGUUUGAGAAAUUUUGGUUUAGACAAUAUCUUAAGGAUUCACAGUUUUAUCAUGUUCUCUACCA